CACGGUCCAAUAAGAGAAGGCGGCGUGGCCCGGCCUGUAGCGACCGGAACGCGCCUGCGCAGAGGUGGCCGCACGACCUGGGUUGGCUCCGGGGGCGCGGCGAGGAGAGACAUGAGGCUGAGCUGGGUCCUGACGGUACUGUCCAUCUGCCUGAGCGCCCUGGCCACAGCCGCGGGCGCCGAGGGCAAACGGAAGCUGCAGAUCGGGGUCAAGAAGCGAGUGGACCACUGUCCCAUCAAAUCGCGAAAGGGAGACGUCUUGCACAUGCACUACACGGGAAAGCUGGAAGAUGGGACAGAGUUUGACAGCAGCUUGCCCCAGAACCAGCCCUUUGUAUUCUCCCUUGGCACGGGCCAGGUCAUCAAGGGCUGGGACCAGGGGCUGCUGGGGAUGUGUGAAGGGGAAAAGAGGAAGCUGGUGAUCCCAUCGGAGCUAGGGUAUGGAGAGAGAGGAGCUCCUCCAAAGAUCCCAGGUGGAGCAACCCUAGUGUUUGAAGUGGAGCUUCUCAAGAUCGAGCGGCGGUCAGAACUGUAGCAGAUGUUGCGGAGGGGCACAGGAGCAUCAGGGACCAGACUGUUUCAAAACAACAAAACUCUUACAAGCCCAA